AUAGCUUAUCGAUAAAUCCGCGGUCGCACUGGUUCCGUGCGUGUUUUGGUCUUUUGCGAAAAGAUAAAUUGAAAAUUGUCAAGUAGAGUUUAAAUAAAAGUAAGGCCCGAGUGUUUUCCCAUCAUGCAAUAAGUAAAUAGUGACUGCAGAAACCAAGAGUGGGAACGUCCGUGAAGAGAGCAUUACCAUCGCCUAACGACCAGUGCCCAUGCAUGUUGAAUUCAAAAAGGAAACGAAAACAGAAACUGAUGAUGAGGUGUCCAGCGCAUGCCCAGGACCAGACAAACACUACCGGCAACAUCCGUUCAUGGUGCUGCGCAUGAGCCAGAGCUGCUAGAGAGCUGCUACUGAGAAGUCAGGUUCAGCGUCAAUUAGGAAGCAAUCAAGCAAAGCCUUUACGAAGACUGAGAGGGAGAAGGAAAAUAAUAAUAAUAAAUUAAAGUUUAAGAACCACGAGGGACGGAACACAUUCCGAUAGACAAGAUGACGGUGGAUUUCAAUGAUUACUUUUGGGGCGAGAAGAACAAUGGGUUCGAUGUGUUGUACCACAACAUGAAAUUUGGACUGGUGGCCAGCAAGGAGCUGUCCGAGUUCCUGCGCGAGAAGUCCAACAUUGAGGAGCAGAACUCGAAGAUGAUGUCCAAGCUGGCGCACAAGGCCAGCACAGGGACAUUGAACAGCACCUUCGCGCCGGUGUGGACCAUACUGCGCACCUCGGCAGAGAAGCUCUCCACCCUGCACAUGCAAAUGGUGCAGAAGCUGACGGAGCUGGUCAAGGACGUGGCCAAGUAUGCCGAUGAGUUGCACAAGAAGCACAAAACCGUCAAGGAGGAGGAGUCACAGACCCUGGAGUGUGUUCAGGCCAUCCAAACGUCGACGGUGGCGGUGCAGAAGUUGCGAGAUCUGUAUGCCAGCAAGGUGCUGGAGCUGGAGAAGCUGCGCAAGGACAAUGGCUCGCACAAGGAUGCGGAGAAGCUGGAGAGCAAGCUGAAGAAACUGCACGAGGACUACAAGGCGCUGUUGGAUAAGCACAACCCUAUUAAAAACGAAUUUGAGCGGCGCAUGACUCAGACCUGCAAGCGUUUUCAAGAGAUCGAGGAAGUCCAUCUGCGGCAAAUGAAAGAGUUUUUGUCCACCUAUUUGGAAAUGCUGCAGAACAAUCAUGACAUGGUGGGGCAGGUGCAUUCCGACUUCAAGCGUCAGUUUGUGGACAUGUCUGUGGAUAAACUGUUGGAACAGUUUGUGCUCAACAAGUAUACUGGCCUUGAGAAGCCGGAAAUGCCCGAACUAGAAUGUAUUGCUCUGUCGAGUGGUUUGAGGCUCCAGCAGCCGCAGGCCUCUGCCACGGCAUCCAACUCGAAUUCAGCCACAAGUAUUCAAGCAGCUCUUCGGUCUGGCAGUGCAGCAGCCGCUUCUGGCAGCAUUGUGUCCAUGGAUCAGCGAGGUGAUGCCGUGGCCGCAAUUUCUUUGGGCAGUGGCAGUGCGGCUAGCGGCAGUAUUCCAUAUGCCGAGGACGCCAUACUUGGGGCUGGAGCCGGGUCACUGGCGUCACCGCGUCCCACAUCGCCAGACAUUUCUGUGGUUGGUCAGCCACAGCCAGCCACCUCUACGGUGAAGAGCUUGCGUUCGUGGUUCAUGCCCACAGCCAAGCAGCAGCCUCAGCCACAGACAGGUGCUGGAAAUUUCGGUAUGAGUGGCAGCACCACCAACAACAACAAUACCACCACCAACAACACCACCACCACCACAACUACAGCAACGAACAGUAGCAACACAGCAACAACUGGCACGAAUAAUCUCACCACCAAUAUCACCACCAAAAACUCUUCUAUAUAUGAGGACAAUAGCAAUGAAGAUCAGCAACAACAGCCGGCCGAGGCCUUAACACCAACUGCCAGUGCAGGUGGCGGCAAAAAGCAAAUAAUGAAUGCAACGACAAGCGAGCAGCAAUUAUCGAAAUCAUUAAAUGAGCAAGAACACCUCCAACAGACAGCGGCAGCAAAUACCACCACAGUAGGAGUAGCAGCAGCCCCGACAGCAGCCGCCACAACGACAACGUCCAGACGUGCAACGUCACUUUUAAAUAUAUUUACAUCAAACUCUCAGGUGUCGGGCAUCUUAAGGAGUCGCCGUGACAAGACGAAAACUAAGAAAUCCAAAAAGAAGAAAGACAAUGAGGCCGCCGAGCACAUACAGGAAGAGCGUCUGACCAGCACGGAUAGGGCCAACAACACCCUGCUCGAUUACGAUGAUCAUGGACGCAGCAUGAAGACACAGAACUCGAGUGGCAGCAGCGCUGGCGGCGGACUGGCAGCCUUGUCUGUGACCUCCGCUCAGGGCAGCGUGGACUCGGCUGGGGCCAGCAGCAUGGGCGGCAGUGGGGGAGCUGCCGGGGCCAGUGGCGGCAGCCUACCUAAUGCGGGAGGGGCUCUUACCACGUCGGCUUCGACCACGGCUCCUGCUGGUGGCUCCAGCGGUACUGGAACUGGGACUGGCUACGAGGUGGAUGAGGAGGGCUUCAGCAUACAGCCGGCCAAAGAGAUCGCCUGGGAGGAGGGUCAAGAUAAGUCUGGCAGUUUCUAUUCCGACUCGGAUACGGACUCUGAUAAUGAUAAGCAGGAGCGGCGCAUUCAUGUGAAGAUCAAGCCGCUGAACAAUGGCCAGGCGCCGAUGUCGGCAAGCGUUGAUGAGCUGCGUGCGACCGUCGAGAACAUUUCCCUGUCUCCAACUGGAGUUUUUUCACAUCACAGCCAACAGCUGCAGCAGGGAGCACGAGGGGCACCGGCCUCGAGGCAGCAAUCGCCCGAGAUUUCGAACGCCUCAACGCCCACGGCCAGCGUGCAUCCGUACGCACCUCUGCAGAGUCCCACGUUGUCCAACAACAACGCAAACAAUGUCAGCAACAAUCGGUAUGCGGAUCUGGGAGAUAUCUUCUCGGAGCUGGGCGAGAUGAGCAUGUCAGCCCCGGCAUCGGCCACACUGGGCAAGCCAGGGGGACGCCAGAUACCGACACCAACGUCCGCGUCUGCAGGUGGAAGCAUAGCCAUACCACGGCCUCCAUCGCGUCGCUCGGACAUGAUUGCAAUUGGACCAGCCGCAACGAACACGGCCCCUGGGCGCGGGAGAAUGUCUCCGGCUCCCGUGACGGGAGCUCCCAUGAAUCGAGCUGAGAGCAUUGGCAGUCUGGAGUUCCGUACGGCUAUUGGGGGAGUGGGCUCCUCGCGGGGACCAUCCCCGCUGACAAUUGGUAUUUCGGACACAAUACCGCUGGCGGUGGCCUUCCACGAGAUAAUACACGCCUACUUCAGGGGCAGCGAUGAGUCGCGGUGCCAGGUGAAGGUUUCCGGUGAUAUGAUGCUAUCAUUCCCCGCCGGCAUUGCCGGCCUGUUAGCCAAUAAUCCCAAUCCAGCCAAGCUGGGUUUUCGCAUUAAGCAUGUACAGAAUCUUGAGAAUCUUGUUCCCAAUGGGAAACUGGUGCAAAUAGAUCGCCAGCAGUCGAGCGCAUUGAGCACUAUGCUAGAGUUCAAUAUGGGAGCAUUGACGGCCCUUCUGCGAAGGCAGGCGGAGAACAACCCGACGGCCUCCUAUUUCAAUGUGGACAUACUCAAGUACCAAGUGCGAACCAAACCAGGUGCCAGCUCGUGUCCCUUCCAGCUGGUUAGCUACUGGAAGUGCGAGUCCAGCUAUACAGCCCUGAAGGUGGACUACAAGUACAAUAACCAUGCCAUGGCCAGUGCUUCGCCGCUCCUCAACGUGACGCUGUCCGUGCCCGUCAAUGGCUCUGUGCGUAAUGUGCAGUCAAAGCCCCAUUCUGCGUGGUUGGGUGAAUCGAAUCGUUUGGUAUGGAACUUUACGGACAUAUCGCAGAAUUCCCAGGAUGGUGGUGUCGGCACCUUGAGGGCUCGCCUCGAGCUCAACGAUGGUCCCUCAACACCAGCCCUGUUGGCCACUCAGUUCAACUGCGAGGGGACUACUCUAUCGGGCAUCGAGUUCGAGCUCCAGGGCAGUGGAUAUCGCCUGUCGUUGGUCAAGCGGCGCUUUGUGUCCGGAAAAUAUGUGUGCGAGGGCGAUGGUAUACGUAGCGCGGCGACACCCACACCCCCAUCGGUGGGCUCUACCAGUCCGUAUUCGGCAAAAUCAAAUUAGUUUUUCGCUAAAUUCAACAUGACAACGUGCGGGAAUGGAAAAUGGCAAUAUGGCAAUAGGCUCGUGAAAACCUAGAGAAAUUUUGUAACUAAGCUAAAAAAUCACAUACACCCACACCACAUACACAAACACACAUGUAUCACAGUAGUGUCGCGUCUCUUUGAAUUUUCUUGUGAGCUUUUCUUUAUGUAUUUUUGUAUACACGGAAUUUUGUUUCACGCGUAAUGUUGACUCUACCUGGAAAUGGAAAUGGCAAUGGCAAUGGCUCCGAUCUGGAUGGUAUUAUUUGUUAUAUAUACACACACGUUCGAGUAUAUAUUAAAUUGAAAUGUAUGUAUUUAUUAUGUUUAACUGAAUACGAUGUAAACGUAGAUGUAAUGUAUGUAGAUAUCUAAUCACACAGAACGUUGAUUUUAUGCUCACUUUUGUACACACACAACACAACCAAAUCCAAAUGUAUUAAAUAUAAGAUACAAAA